GUGGUGGCGGCGGCGGUGCGCAACAGCUGGGGCAACAGCAGCAGCCAGGAGACUUGCCGGGAGGGCCGGAAGUGGUCGAUUUGGUCAUGCUGCCGGAGAGUGAGGCGGCGGAGGCAGCCGGCCGGGAAGACGCAGAUGAAGACCGCGAUGCAGCCGCUGCCGCAGCAGGCGAGAUGGAGCUCAGGGCUGAGGGAGCGGCUGCGGAGACGGGAGGCCCAGAUUUGACGCUAAGUCUGACGCUAGGUUCCUUGGGUGCAGAGGGCGACGGCGAGGGUGAGGGUGACGAGGGGCCCGCAUCCUGCGUGCCUGCCACCCUGGGCUCUCCUGUGGCUGAGGAUGAAGCGGCCGCCGCCUCCCUAGGGGAGCGCGGUGUUGGCGGUACGGCAGCCGCCAGUACGGCAAUGCAGCAGGACACGGCCCUCAAUGCGCACCUCCCUGGGGAUGAGCGACGGCGGAACCAGCAGCUGCAGCAGCAGCCGGGAGCGGCUCCGUCGCAGCUGUCACCGCCGCCGCCGCUGUCCUCGCUGCCCUCGCAGCAGCAGCCGGGCAGCAGCUACGUGGUGGGGUCUCUGGCCUGGUACGCCGCCGCUGCCCAAACGCAGACGCAGACCGACCCCGAGACGUUGCCUCGCGGUGUGGCAGGCGCGAACUUUAGCUUUGGCCAGCCGCGGCCCCAGCUGCACCCGCCGCCGCCACCGCAGCACGGCUCUGCUGGGUCGACGGAUGCCUCCACUGACGCCACUGCCGGCAGCCUUCAGCAGCACCCGCAGCAGGCAAGCGCAAAAACCGACAUGCCUCCACCACCGCCGCGGCCACGUCCCACCAUCGCGUCACCAUCACCGCAGUCUCCCGCAGUAGCCGCCCAGACCAACAGCGCCGCAAGUGGCGGUGGCGGCGGCGGCGGCAGCGGCGGCGUACGUAAGCCACUGGCUCGCACACCUCGGGGCAGUGGGGCGGGAGUGCCGGCGGCGGCUGCCGUCGCGGGUGUGCGCGGCGCCCGGGCAGCUCCGCCGGGUGUUGCCCCGCUCGUCUGCAAGCUCAGCUCGCAGGAGCGCAGGGCGGAGCGGCUCGCGGCCACCCGCCGCCAGCAGCUGCAGCUGGCGGCGCUGGAGCGGGCGACGGGGGCAGCCGCAGUGACGGCGCCUGCUCGCGUCAUGGUUGUGACGCCGCCACGUGUAACAGCGGCAGCGGCGACAACUGCCAAGACGCCAGGAGCGGGUGCGCUGGGCGCUGGUGGUGCUCGCCUUGCGGGCAGCGGCGGCGGCACAAGCGGCAGCGCUCAGCAAGUGCCAACGGCAGCAGCGGCGGGGAGCGGUGGCGGCGGCGUUGGACUUCGUCCCAUAGUACAGCGGCCCCAAAUGGCCGCUGCCGCUGCCACGCCGCCCCCGCCAGCGCGGACACAGCCGCACCCCCUUCACCAGCAGCCCGCACCCAAGCAGACCCCGCCAGCCCGCGCUGCUGCCGCCUGUGGUGGCCCGCAGGCUGCGGCGGCUGAGGCUGCCGCGCAGCAGGUGCUUGACCCCACGGACCCCUACUACUUUGCUUCGUUGCCCUCGCAACAGUCCGCAGACGAGGCGGCGGCGGCUGCGGGAAUGCCCUCACUGCAGAGCCUGUCACUGGCGACACUGGCAGUUAACAGCCUCAUCGAGGAUGCGGAGGGCUGGCGGGGGAGCAAGGAGGGCCCCGCGCCCGCACUCGCUCGGCAGCCAGCGGCGGCGGCAGCGGGACCUGGUGGCACAUCUGCUGCUGCGGCGGCGGCGGCAACGGCCCCGGCGGCGACGGACGCCGAGUGGCUGCGUAUUUGCCGGCUCGGGGAGAAUGGCGAGGACGAGCGGAUUGCGGGUGCACAUCAGCGAGGGGGCGGGGCGGAACAGCAGGCGGCGCCGCAUGGGAAGCAACAUGAGGAGCAUAGAUCGCCACCCGCCUCUCCCUCCUCACCCUCCGUGGCCUUCAGCUUCGGCUUGCAUGCCCCAGCGGCUAUCGCCAGCGGCGAUCCUACGGGGCUAGCGGCGGCGGCGAGUGCCGGACCUGUAGCCGCAGCGGGCAAGCACGGCGCCGGCGCCACUCCCGGCUCCGGUUCCCCAACGAGGCGCAGCUCUCGCCUCAACCGGCAGCAGCACCCGCAUCAGGAGCCGCAACCGCAGCAGCAGCAGCAGCAGCAACCACCGAGUGCUCCGCCUGCGACGACGGCAGCGGCGGCGGGAGGUAUCACAUCCCUCCUACGCAGGACAGCUGCUAUUACAGCCGCAAUAAUGCCGGCUACGGCCGCCGCUGCCGCCGCUGCGGUGACUGCCGCGGCGGCUGCAACCACACCCACUACUGGCGGCGGCGGUGGCGCUGUCGUACACCGGCGGCGGGUGGUGUUUACUCAGGCCGACAGCUCGAGCAGUGAGGAUGGCGGUGGAGGUCAGGAGGGGGAGGGGGAGGGGGCGGAGUCGGAUGUUGUGGAGGUGACUCCUCAGCCCUCGGGUGGAGCCCCGGGCCACAGGAGGGCCCCGGUAGGUGGUGCCCGAGCCUCUACGCAGGGAGCUCCGCAGGUGACCCCGCAGGCGCAGCGGCAACAGCAGCAGCGAGGGCAAGGGGCAGCCGCUGCCGGCACGUCCACGGGGGCCGCUGCCACAGCUGCUACCGGAGGCGUCGCCAGUCCCGGAGCUGGGCCCAUUGGGAUACGGUGGGGCCGGCGGGUAAGUCGCAAGCAGUCCCUGCCAGCCAACGUUGCAGGAGCAGCUGCAACACCCGCAGGAGCGGCUGCAGCCACCGCUCCUGACGAUGCUGGCGGCAGUGCUGCCGGCGGCAGCGGACGCGGGGAGAAGCCUUCAUCUGUACGACAACCCGCGGCGGGUGGGACCGUUGACCCCGGAGCUGGCGGAGCUACCCUGACGGGCCUUAAGCGCCGGAGGACUAGCGGCGCGCAACCUAGCAGCAGCGGCGGUGCGGGGGCGCGGAGGCGGCGUCGAACAAGCAGCGCCAGGGGCAGGGAGCGAGGCAGUGGCGAAGAGGGCGCCGGCAGUGACAGCGGCAACGAGGGCGGUAGCAGCAGCAAUACCGGCAGCGCUGGUUCGGGCGCGGAUGACUCCCCUGACGCUGAGGGCGGCAGCGCAGGCAUGAGGGCUGGCGGUCCGGCCCCGUGUAAGCGCUUCCGCAGCAUGCAGGAGCUGUCGGCGGGCGCUGCUGCGACCGGUGCUGCCGCAAGAGAGCGGCCGCUGCCGCCGGGGCGGAAGACACCGCCGCCGCCACAGCCACAGCAGCAACUGCAGCAGCAAGUCCAGCAGGCGCAAGGUCACCCUCGGCAGGCGGAGGAGCAGCAGGAGGGAGGUGCAGGCGCGCAGCUUGGGAAAAGGAGUCGUCUGGGCGCUCCUGCAACUGCCGCCGCCGCGGCUGAAGAGGAGGAGGACGAGGCGCCCCUGCAGGAAGAUCAAGACGACGACGUGGUAUUAGUCGCCGAGGAGGAGGAAGAGGCGCGGCCAGCAAGCCGACGAGGGGCUGGCGCGUCGCGUCUUCGCGCCCGGUCUUCUGCCCGAGGCCGCGACGGAGCCGCAGCAGCGGCAACGGCAGCAGAAGCAGCUGACCACAAUGACAGCCCGACCGCCAGCCCGGCUCCCAGACCCCCCUUGCGCCGCUCUCCUCGCAACCGGGGCAAGGCUGCGGCUGGUGCGGCGGCCCCAGCGGCGAGAGCGCGAUCCUCACGCCGCUCAGGUGCCGGCGGCAGCACAACGCCGCCACCUGCGACGGCUCGCCGGCGGCUGCCGUUGCCCUCGCCGCCACCUGCUGCCCCCGACAAUCAGCGACAGCCCGUGCAUGCCGCUGUGGCGGCGGCGGCGCUUCUCAGCCAGCCCAGCUCCAGCGACCCGGGGACACCCGAGGGACGCCUGCGCAAGCGGCCCAGCAGCCAGCAGCCCCUGGAGCUGCUGCUGCAGCGCUGCAAGCGGCAGCGCUGUGGCGUGUUUGGCGGCGUCACGUUCCUCGUCACCGGCUUUGCACGUCAGCAGCCAGCGACUGCGGCGGCGGCAGCCGCAGGCGACGAAGACGGCGAGGCAGCGGCUCGUACGGUUUCUCGCAAGGAGGUCCUCAACCUCAUUCAGCGCAACGGCGGGACUAUCAUGGACGACCUGCCGCAACCCAGUGCCGCAGCUGCUGCAGGAGGCGGCGGACCCGGCGGCUCCUCCCGUGGCGGCGGCGGCGGCGGGUCCCCUGGCGGCGGCGGUUGCGGCGCUGCCACCCCCUCCUGCAGCGCCCGCCAGCUGCCUGACAUUGUGAUUGCGGACUGCGCCGACCGCCGCACGUGCAAGCUGCUGGGUCCGCUGGCUCGCGGCGUGCCGGUGCUGUCCGCCCGCUGGCUGCGGGACAGUGUGGGCGCGGCGCGCUUCCUCAACCCCGCCAACAAGCCCGCCGAGUACCUGCUGCAUGCGCCGCGACCGCAGCUGCUGCAGGCGGGCGUGUUCGCGGGUGUGCGCGUCUACCUGCUGGGCGAGGCGGCCUUCCGCGCCACCUUUGGUCGCGUGCUGGCGGUGGCGGGGGCGCUGGUCAUGGAGCAGUGGGAGGCGGAGGUGCCUGCAGCGCCAGGGUCCACCAACCGGGUGGUGGAAGCGGCGGUAGAUCUAGUCAUCGUGGACGCCACCUCCCCUUCCGAGGCAGCAGCGGCAACUACCAACACCGCCGCCAACAACCAUGCCAACGCUAGCAACACCCCACAACGGCAAGCCGGCGCUGCUGCUACCCCCAGUGCCGCUGCAGCUGCUGCGGCCGCCGCCGCCGCCACCAGCGGUGCUGUGCAGCGUGUCCUGGCCGCCCACCCGCCACUCCGCCGGGCCGUCCGGUCACUGUCUAUCCCCGUCGUGGACAAGGAGUGGGCGGUGGCGGUGAUCCUGCGGGGCGCACUGCCGCCCGGCUUCACCCCUGCAUGCCGCCGGGGCGAGGUGGCGGCAGCCGCCCAAGCUGCCCAAGCCCAGCCCCAGGCCCAGACGCCGGGUCGUGCGCAUGCAGAGCCUCCGCCUCAGGUGCAGCUGACCCCGGUGAGGGGACCCGCGGGAGGGGGACAGGGAGGCCAGGGGGCGGAUGAAGCUGCAGCGGGUCAAGUGGGGCUGCCUGCAGCGGCAGGUCAGGGGCAGGCGCAGAGGGGAGGAGGAGGGGGCCAGGGGCAUGGCGCGGCGGCGGACGUCGAAGCGGGUCAGCGAGUUGGGUCCGCAGGAGGAGCGCAGCAACAGCAGCAGCGGGCCAAGGUUCAGUGCCGGCGCAGCGGAGGGCCACCUGGUCUGGGUGCUACGGGAGGAGUUGAGGACGGAAUGGAGCGUGCCGCCGCCGAGGCGGGACGGGAGGAGGACGCGCAUGCACCGGCGGCAGCGGCUGCCGUGGCCGUCCCGGCCGGCGGAGUCCCCUCAGGACAAGCAGCGGCUGGAUCUUCGAGGGCAGUCGCAGCCAGCGCGCCCAGCCCCUCCGCCGUCCAUGAACUGCCCCAACAGCCCCCACUACCACAGCAGCAGCGGCAACAGCAGCAAGCAGCACGGCACCCACAUCCUCAACAGGCGCCAGCCUCGCCAACGUCAUUCUGCUUUGUUCGCUGGCUCACAACCGAGCAGGAUGCAGCAGAAGCGGCUGCUGCCGCUCUCGGCCCCUCCAACCUCGCGAGGGCGGCUUCCAGCACGCCACCGCUACUAGCGCUGCCCCAGCCACCGCAAAGCCCCUUCGGCGGUCCGUGCCAGUUCGCAGGCUUCCUCCGCCGCCCUGCCACCGCGGCCGCUGCUGCUUCUCCUCAUCGUCAGCAGGGUCAGGGCGAGCAGCAGGCGGAGGCGGGGGAGGCCGAGGUGGUGCGGCUAGGCGACGCGGUGGAGGUGGCUCCACUGCCCGGUCAGGCGGUGGCGCCGGUGGUGCAGCUGGACGAGCUGUGGGAGGAGGGCGGCGGGGCGGACGGAAGCUCGGUGCAGCGGCUGGCGUCCGGGAGGCGGCUACUGAGGUCCGAGGAGACCCCCUUCCAAAUGGCUCCCUCGCCACUGCCGCACCUCUACCGCACCUCCUUCCGCUGCGACCGACUGCCGCUAGAGGCGCUGGGGCGGCGGCUGGAGCUCUUCCCCAGCGCCGCCGCAGCGACAGCAGCGCGGCCAGGUGGUGGUGGCGCGGGUCGUGGUGCGCCCCCGCAGGUGGUGUGCCAGUUUUCGUACGACCACCGGGCCAUGUCGCUAGGCAUGGUGCCCCCGCCGGCGCAGCCACAGGCACCAACCCGGUAGCGCUGAGCAGCUGGCCUGGGCGCACGCGGAGUGACUGUGGUGCAUUGCUUCGCACUGAUAAACGGGUGUCUGGAAUGUCCACAGGAAGUGAGUGUCAUUUUGCGCAUGAGAGUGGAGUGCGUGGAGUGCGACGCUAAGUUAUAAUCAUCGGGGGAGUGUGCUGUAAACAUUUCGUAUGUGGCAUUCGGUUGCCUGCAGUUGUUCGUCGCACGUGCGCAGUGAUGGACUUCAUGGCAGCGGGUUGAGCAGCGUGGGGCGCCGCCAGAAGGAUCUAUAAGUUGCUUCUUACAAACUACGGCGAUCAUAAUGUGUCCUGUUGCGGACAUGUUAGGGGGCAAGUGCCUCCAGUCAGUCAUGGCCAACGCAUUAUUGGUGCAUGCUGGCAGGGCACGCUCAGCCCAGAUCCGCAUGUGUUCAAUGUCAGAAUAGGCGCCACUGGGCGUUCUAUCGUACGCAUGGCCCAUUAGGCGUAUCACAGGCAAUGUGAGAUCCCAGCCAGAUCACGUGAGGAGGCCCG